CCUCAACCACCACAUCCGUGACAAUACAGUGUGUGCUCUACCUUCAAUGAAGUGGAGAAGUGGUGCGAUUGGCUGUCGAUUCAGAGAUCAGCCCUGAUCUAAGAUAAAAAAAACCAAGAGAACUGCGCCUCACAGGAGCAGAGGACAGAAAAACAAACCCACUACUGAUCACUACUUAAUUAAUAACACGUUAACGUUGACACUGACACUGACAGUAACUCACCGCUGGCAACGAGCUACGUACAGAAAGUCAAGGAAGAGAGUUUUAAAAAUUGUAGAACACACCUGAACGCAUAAGUCCAGCUGGAGCCCAGCACAGUUCUACACCUUUUCUUACAGCUAAAACUUCGUGCAGGAUGUAUCACCGUAUGUCUGUCGUGUUGUUCGCGUGGAGUUAUUUUUGCUUUGGAUCUGGUGAUUUGCUAAAAGAUCGUUUUGCAGGACUCAAGAAAAAUGCCGAGUUGGGAGAUUUUGACAGGAAUGGGGAUACAUAUGACAUUUCUGAAGCUGAAAAUGACCUGCUUUUGCUGGGCACCGUAUCAGAACACAUGGCGAUGCUAUAUGAUAAGUACAAGAGAACAGGUUUUCAAUUCAAGGAUGGGAAUACAGUUCGGAGUUUUAAAGCUAAGUGGGGCACCAUUAGAGAUAUGCAACUGCAAAUCUUUAACCUGACCUCCCUAACGAAAUCAGAAGACAUUCUUUCUGCCACGUUGCAUUACUAUAUAGGAGACCUGCUGAACACAAGCCGGAGGUGUGCAAGACCCAUGAGCUGUGGUCGCCAUGGCCCCAGAAAACAAGCCCACAUCCAUCUUGCCGUCUGGAGUUUUGCUUCUGUGGCCAACAACACCAGGACUCUGGGGCACUUCCUUAUCAAUGUCUCCACUGUCUAUCGGAACUUCCUGUCAUGGCAGUGGAAGGACAUUACACGUGUCCUGAACGAAGCCAAGCACAAUGAUGAGCUUCUGAUCGGGAUUGAGAUCGCCUCGCAAGGAAGCAGGGCCUUUAAAAAGCUGCUUUCUAAGCGCUCCCCAUACAUUCUGGUGUACGCAAACGACUCUGCUAUCUCAGAGUCAGAAGCUGUAGUGUCAACACUGCCAAGGCGAAGGGGGUCCCUUGCUCCUGGCCUUCACAAGCUGGGAGUGCACACACGAAACAGCACCGAUGAGCGGAGGAGCAAGCGAUCCGCUAACAUCCUCUUCCCACUGCAGAACAACGAGCUGCCAGGGGCAGAGUUCCAGUUCAACGAGGCCCAGGCCUGGGGAGAGAGGAAUCCAUACAAAGCACUGGAGACCCGCCCAGCAGAACUGCAGAGGAACAAAAAGAAGCAACGAAAGAGCAAUCGGCACAAGGUGCAGACCCUCCAGUUUGACGAACAGACUUUGAAAAAGGCUCGACGGAAGCAGUGGAGUGAGCCACGGAAUUGUGCCCGCAGGUACCUGAAGGUGGAUUUUGCUGACAUUGGCUGGAGCGAGUGGAUUAUUUCUCCAAAGUCUUUUGAUGCCUACUAUUGCUCUGGGUCCUGCCAGUUUCCCAUGCCAAAGUCUUUAAAGCCGUCGAACCACGCCACCAUCCAGAGCAUCGUGAGAGCAGUGGGUGUGGUUCCUGGGAUACCGGAGCCCUGCUGCGUGCCUGAACGCAUGUCCUCCCUCACUAUAUUAUUCUUUGACGAGAGCAAGAAUGUGGUCCUCAAGGUCUACCCCAACAUGACUGUGGAGUCGUGUGCCUGCAGAUAACACCAUGGAGACAUUCACUUCAAUUAUUCCUCCACUUUGGAUUUGUUUUUUGUUUUUUUGCACUGAAAGAUAAAUUCUGAUCAAAAGUGAAGAGUUCCACUUUUGGUUACUUUUUUUAAGAUCCAACAAUUAUGAAAUUAUGACACAGAGACCUUUUUAUAUACAAACAUGGACAGCAUCAUAACAGUUGAUGCUCUACACUGUCGAUUUAAUGACUGAAUGACUAACUGAUGAGGCAGUUCUGAAACCAGUUUCUACUGUAAAGAUGAAAGAUAACUAGUACCUAAUAGAGGGGAGAAUGUCUUAAAGAACCAUAUUUGAAGCCCCUAACCGCCCUUAAUCAGAAACGUGAUGGUCUCAUGAAUUCCGGCUGGAUAAGCCUUUUUUUUUUUUUUUUUUAUCAAGGUGGCCUUUCUAUUGUAGAGUAUAAACACAAAGUAUCAAUAUAGGAUCUCUUCAAAAACACAUUACUGCAUUCAGAAAUAGUUUUCUUAGGGAAAAGGGGUGUAUAGAUAUAUUUAUUGCUGUUAUCUAGUUCUAUUCAAAACCAAAAUAUAACCAGAUGUAAUUUUAGUUUAAACCAGAUUAAAGCUUAGUAACUGGCAUCAUGAUGCAGCUUAUUAUUAUUUAUAAUUUCAAUAAUUUGUGUUUCAGUCACAUAUCAACACUGUCAAUCAAUAUUUCUUACAUGUCCAGUGUACAAUAUUGGUUCUGUUUAUUUCUAUCAGUGCUUUCGAGGAAGGUCCUGUCUCUGAUGUGUUGCUUCUGUAUUUGUAUGUCUUCAUAUGCAACACUACUUGCUCUCCAGGGUCUGACCCCCAUGUUAAGGAGACGGUUCAUCUCUCUGCUUACCAAAUUAAUGAAUAUGUAAAAUCCAAAGGGUGUUUUGGGGACAGGAUCACCAGCUACGCCAGAAAGGGAGCUGCUGAUUGGCUAUAGGCUUUUUGGGAAUGUGCCUGUCAAAUUGUUGCCUGUUAUACCUUAUUCCCAAAAUCAAAGCAGGUUGACGGAAUUUACAAACAAAACCAAGGAGUCCAAUUUUGCUGUAUUACAGGAUGACAAUAAAGUGUGCAGCAAAAAAGACAAACACAUUAGAGGACAGCUGAACUACGUUAAAACAUUCAUCAUAUUUACGAGGCGUAAAAAAAAAAAAAAAAAAAAAAAAACUUUGAAAUUGCAGUAUUCCUUUAAACAAACACAACAGGUGUUUUUUUAACGCAACAUAUUAUACAAUUAAAACACUAUACUUAAAGUGGUACUCUGUUUAACCUCAGGCAUUUGAAGUGACGCAGUAUAUUGCCUGAAUUUGACCAGAAAGCAUCAUUUUAAGCACUAAACUAUUGUAGAGCCCAUGAACAAAAAGGAUACAAAUUGGGCCAGUGUGUUUAAAUGUACUUAAUAUAUGUAAUAUAUUUUUUAUAAAUGCAUUUAUUCUUGAUAGAAAAUAUUACUUACAAUAAUGUAAGUCUCUUUUCUGUUUAUUAAAAUGAAAUCAGUACUGUGUUAUUACUACAGAGUAAAUUCGGUGCUGUGAAAGGAUACAUCAAGUUGUUUUUAAUGCUUCUGCAAGCAUAGUAUUUUUAAGUGUAUAUUUACAAUGCAAACUUUAGUCCACAAUCCAUUUUAAAAAUACAAUGAACUAGCAAUACAACUGAAAAUAAUAAAUGAUACACCAUGAGAAGAUGCACAGUCUCUAAUCUGCUCCUCUUGAUCAUCACAGACUCCUUAUUAAUUGAAUCUGCUGGUGUACAGUUAGCAGCAGUCACGUGACAGCUAAUAUAAUCAACAAUGUGGGUGUUACACAGUAAAGUCUCAUUCAUACUUUAAUGUCUGCUUAGUAACAGUAUUUAAAGGUGUCAAGUGUCAUGUUUAAUAUAUAAAGGGACAAAAAUUGAUUAAAUUCCAACAUACGUUAUUAAGUGUACACAGGCAUCUCAUUCCCUGCGCAUUUUUAGCAAUAGAUAAGAGGAUGUUGUUGUUUUUUUUGUAAAUAAAGUGUACUUAAUGGCAUAUUUAGAAA